AUGUCUUCUCCGAAUUCAAAUCCAACAAACACUCAUCAUGAUCAAUUAUCAAACACAAUGGAAACUACUCUAUCGGCCAAUUCCUCACCUCUCUCCGUUUUCAUCAACCUUUUGCAAUAUUAUUUUAAAUCGUCAAUAUUUGGUGUUGUUCUCAAUAUUGCUCUCAUCCUUUUCAUACAGUAUAAAACAACGGGAUACUUUACCGUUGAAAAUCAUUUAUUGUAUCGGUUGAGAAUGAUUCUUCCGAACAAUGAACCACAACCACCACAGUCUCCGCAACGACAGCCAUCUUCAUCACAACAAGCCUCUUCUCCAACCAUGCUGAUAAAAAUUACAACCAUGAAUGAGGCUAUUAUUAAGACUCUAUAUUUUUACAAUGACUUGGAUUAUUUGUUUUUUGCAUAUCUAGUCAUGAUGUUCUCAGUUUAUAAUAUUUACAACAUUUUGGUUACUGGUAUAUUUCUCAUCUUGCUGUUCCGAAUUUAUACCAACAUGUAUCAGAAGAGAAGAAAUGUACUGUAUUAUUUGAGUUUCAUUGCAUCUUUUUUGUGUUAUUUUGCUCUUUCUAAAAUGUUUAAGAACGCUCAGUGUGCUCAAGAAUUAAUUCAUACUCAUGACUAUUUAAAAGGAAUGAUGUUUGGAAAAAGUUCAGCAACAAGAGGCUGGAUGGAGAAAAUUUGGGAUUUAAUGAUAUCAGAAAAUUUUGAGAAUUAUGCAUUUAUUCUUAUUAAUUUGAUAGUUUCAUAUGUUCUAAAUUUAGUAGUGGAAUUUAAUUAUAUUUGUAAAUGUCACAUUUAUUUGAACGAUUUCAAAGAGUAUCACCAUUUCGUGAUUGGAAAUCGAUCAAUCAAGGACAAAAAAGUUUUCAAGUUACUCUCCAUGAUUACCAAGCUCGUUAGCAAUUUUCAAUUAUUUAUUCUACCGUUGUUAGUCAUAUUUUUGAACCACACACAGCAUGCAAUGGUGACUCUGUUUUGCCUUUUCUCCAUUAUUAUUCAAUUUACGUAUUUCAAAGUUUAUUUGAAAUGCUACUUUAUUUACAGAGCUCUUUACUAUAACAAGUACAAACAACAUCAAAAGAUGAUUAAUUUGGUGAAAUUUACGAUCUUUUACUCUCUGAAGAAUUUAAUUAUUCCUUUCACGUCUUCUGUAUUGUUGGCUCUAUACAUUUACACAAACUAUAGCUGUGUCGUUUUCUACACAAUUUAUAUUUAUUAUUGCACAAGUGGUGUGAUUGCCAUUUUGACAUUUUCAUUUGUCAAAUUGUUUGCUGACAGAGGAUCAAUAUUGUAA